UUCUUCUUUCCUGAGUUUCCUCUCCCACCUCCUUCCCCCUUUCUUUUGCCUCUCUCCCACCUCGUUCCCCUCACCCACUCUCUUGCUCAUAUAUCUCUCCUCCCGUCGCGUUGGGGCUCGUUCUCUCACCGUCACGACCUGUCUCUCCCGCUCUCAGGUUCAAGCCCUUGCUUCGCCUCAUUGCAUUUAACAACAUUUGAGUGAGAUGGCGGAUGAUGACUACAAUGAGAUGGACAUGGGGUAUGAGGAAGAGCCUCCUGAGCCUGAGAUUGAGGAAGGGGCAGAAGAGGAAGUUGAGAAUGCUGAGGAGAUUCCAGAUGCUUAUGUUGGAACAGAAACAGAAACAAAAGAAGAGGAACCGGUUGAGCGGCCUCGGAAGACCUCAAAGUACAUGACCAAGUAUGAGCGUGCUAGGAUAUUGGGCACACGUGCUCUGCAAAUCAGCAUGAAUGCACCCGUCAUGGUAGAGUUAAAUGGUGAAACAGAUCCACUGGAGAUUGCUAUGAAGGAGCUUCGAGAGCGCAAGAUACCGUUUACUAUUCGGCGCUACCUGCCUGAUGGAAGUUACGAGGACUGGGGAGUUGAUGAGCUGAUUGUCGAAGACACAUGGAGACGGCAGGUGGGAGGUGUUUAAAAUUGCUUUUGUCGAAGACCAGUGCAGUUUUUUGGUUGUAUUAGAAACAUGAAAAAUGUUUGAAUGGGAACAGUAAAUUUGACAUUUAGACCCUUUUCGUGUUUCCUUGGACCUUAUUAUGGGGACUAUCUUCUUCUUCCUAAGGAGAAGGGCAAUUCUGCUGCAUACUGGGAGUCUGGGUCCCAUCUGCUGUUGAAUUAUGUCUUUGUACUUGUGUAUGUCUUGUGCGGUAAUGUUCCCCUGGUUUUCUUUAGUAAGAUCAAGUAGAUCAGACAAAACAAUGCUCAUGAAGAUCUCUUUUGUCAUGAAAGUUUCUCAGUGAACAUAGAUACACAGAAUACAUCAUAUUAGAUUAAUUUUGUGACGUAAA